AUGAUCUUCGUAGAAGGUCUUGAUGGAGUUGGUCGCAAACCCAUGCGCUCCAUCGUGCCGAACAAACUUGAUCUUCGUGCCGAACUGAGUUUGAAUCUUGAUAAUGUGGUUCUUGAUACAGUCUUUGUUGAAAAGACAGCGGCUGUGAAGAAUGUUGAAAAAACAGCGGCUGUGAAGAAGACACCUCGUCAAGCUGCGUCAAGUGUUGAAGCAAGUGGAAGACGCUUCACAUGA